UUCAGGAGAUGUUUCACCGCAUCGGAAAGUUACCGCAUGUAAUAGGAGCUAUAGAUGAAACAAACAUUCCAAUUAAGGCGCCAAAGGUAGACGCACGCUUUUACAUAAGUAAAGAUAAGGAAUAUGCCAUAACAUUGCAAGCAGUGUGUGAUGCGGAACUUCGAUUCUUAGACUGCUUUGCUGGAUUUGCUGGAUCAGUGGGAGAUCGGCGUGUUUUGAAGUGAAACUUCUUUAGGCACGGUAGUGAAUUCGAUUUGCGACACGAAAAAAUGUAA